GACGGCGCUUUGACACACAACUCUUGGCUGGUGGAAUUCACCUAACACUUUCUUCCAUAUAUCCCCAACGUGGGUCAGAGCCGAGUUUUAUAUAACAAUACGACGCUACUCACUUGUUCAACCAAACCAAAUUUGAAGCAUCCCACAAGCUUCAAGUUUUCCAAUGGCGAUUGCUUUCAAAUCCGGCGUCUUCUUCCUCCAAUCCCCGAAAACCCAAUUCGGAUUCCGCCAUUCUUCUACUUCUCCGGAUGCAUCUCUUUCUUUCAAGAGAUUGACUCCCAUGGCUUCCCUCUCCACCUCUUCUCCUACCCUCGGUCUCGCUGAUACUUUCACUCAGCUCAAAAAACAAGGCAAAGUAGCAUUCAUACCGUACAUCACAGCUGGUGAUCCAGAUCUCUCUACUACUGCUGAAGCAUUGAAAGUUCUUGACGCUUGUGGCUCUGACAUUAUCGAAUUGGGUGUUCCUUAUUCUGAUCCUUUAGCUGAUGGACCUGUUAUUCAGGCUGCAGCGACAAGAUCGUUGGAGAAGGGAACCAACCUUGAUAACAUCCUUGAGAUGUUAGACAAGGUUGUUCCACAAAUAUCUUGUCCAAUUUCGUUGUUCACUUAUUACAACCCGAUUCUGAAACGUGGUUUGGGGAAGUUCAUGUCCAGCAUCAGAGCUGUCGGUGUACAGGGACUCGUGGUUCCGGAUGUUCCUCUUGAGGAAACUGAGAUGCUGAGGAAAGAAGCCCUCAACAACGACAUUGAACUGGUCCUACUCACUACACCAACCACACCAACAGAGCGAAUGAAGCGAAUUGUUGAUGCAUCAGAAGGAUUUAUUUACCUAGUGAGCUCAAUUGGAGUGACUGGUGCACGAACAUCUGUAAGCGGAAAGGUUCAGUCGCUCUUGAAGGAUAUCAAAGAGGCCACAGACAAGCCAGUGGCGGUUGGUUUUGGAAUAUCAAAGCCUGAGCAUGUGAAACAGAUAGCUGGAUGGGGAGCUGAUGGAGUGAUCGUAGGCAGUGCAAUGGUGAAGCUAUUGGGGGAUGCAAAGUCGCCUACGGAAGGUCUUAAGGAGCUUGAGAAGCUCACCAAGUCUCUCAAAUCUGCUCUUCUUUGAAAAACAAAAAAAAAACAUUUGCAGACAACAUGUUGAGAUUUUGUUUUUGAUUUUGUUUUUGCUGAUUGUGAACAAUGUGUCAAUCUUUUGAUACAUUUCAAGUAUGAUUAAGUUACUGUGUCUCAAGCCACAAACCAGUUGCUCUGUUUAAAAAUUUAUUACAUUA